AUUUUUUCCUGGAACCCAUCAUCGUACAAUUUUCAUCAACGACUUCCUAUUUCAUCAACUCUUGAAUUACCUUUUCGUUCAUCCAAAUCCGCGUUCAUGAUUCCGAUUGUUUACCUUCCCUUUCUAUCUGAAUCUGAUCCGACGCCGAUUAUUUUAUAGUGUUUUCCAGAUUAUCAAUCCCGGAAAGUAUUUAGCUUCCAGGGUUCGAUCUGUCAAGUGUUUACUUCGCGUAUGUGCUGCGAAGAUGUACAGCAAUUUCAAGGAGCAAGCGAUCGAGUUUGUAAGGCAGGCUGUACAGGAAGAUAACGCUGGAAAUUAUGCAAAAGCUUUCCCUUUGUAUAUGAACGCUUUGGAAUACUUCAAGACCCAUCUCAAGUACGAGAAGAACCCUAAGAUUAAGGAAGCAAUCACCCAGAAAUUUACCGAGUAUCUUCGUCGAGCAGAGGAGAUCAGGGCCGUGAUUGAUGAUGGCGGGACUGGUCCUGCUGCUAGUGGCGAUGCCACUGUGGCCACGAAACCCAAGACAAAGAAAAAGGAUGGGGAAAGUGGGGAUGGAGAGGAUCCAGAGCAGGUCAAGCUGAGAGCUGGAUUGAACUCUGCCAUAGUCAGGGAGAAGCCGAAUGUUAAGUGGAGUGAUGUCGCUGGGCUUGAGAGUGCUAAACAGGCAUUGCAGGAAGCAGUUAUAUUGCCUGUCAAGUUCCCGCAGUUCUUUGUUGGUAAGAGAAGGCCAUGGAGGGCGUUUCUAUUAUAUGGUCCACCUGGAACAGGAAAGUCUUAUUUAGCCAAAGCUGUUGCAACUGAAGCAGAUUCUACCUUUUUCAGUGUCUCUUCUUCGGAUCUAGUUUCAAAGUGGAUGGGUGAGAGUGAAAAGCUUGUCUCAAACCUUUUCCAGAUGGCUCGUGAAAGUGCACCUGCCAUAAUCUUCAUUGACGAAAUAGAUUCCCUAGGUGGUCAGCGUGGAGAAGGGAAUGAAAGCGAGGCCUCCAGACGUAUCAAGACUGAGAUUCUUGUGCAGAUGCAGGGUGUGGGGCAUAACGACGACAAAGUUCUAAUACUUGCAGCCACUAAUACUCCAUAUGCUUUAGACCAGGCCAUCCGUCGGCGGUUUGACAAGCGUAUAUACAUUCCGCUUCCAGAUUUGAAGGCUCGACAACACAUGUUCAAAGUGCAUUUAGGUGAUACUCCUAACAACCUGACUGAAGGUGAUUUCGAGAUUUUGGCCCGCAAGACUGAAGGAUUUUCAGGUUCAGAUAUUGCUGUUUGUAUCAAAGAUGUACUAUUUGAACCAGUGCGUAAAACCCAGGAUGCCAUGUACUUUAUACAGCUUCCUGAUGGUGAGAACAUGAUGCCAUGUGGCCCAAAGCAACCGGGUGCAGUCCAAACAACCAUGCAAGAGCUUGCUGCGCAAGGACUUGGAACAAAGAUAAUUCCACCUCCAAUUACGAGAUCGGACUUCGAUAAGGUUCUUGCUAGACAGAGGCCAACUGUGAGCAAAUCCGACCUUGAAGUGCACGAGCGAUUCACGAGAGAAUUCGGGGAGGAAGGCUAGAGACAAAUAAAACCUGGUGAUUGGUGAAAAGAGUAUGCAGUUAUUUCAUAUUUGUAUGUAUUUACUACUACUCCCUAUGUAUAUGAUGAUUUAAUUGAUCUCGGUGUAUUUGUAAGUGUAUGAAGAAAUGUGAAUUCGUACUUUUUAAACCAGUGUGGGCAAUAAAACAAAGUUCAUAUUUCUGCAAUAAUAGAAUAUUGGGUUAUAGAUACCCCAAUUUUCUCUU